CCUCUGCUUUUCGACCAUUCUCAGAUCAGCUCAUUCAACCUAGAGGCUAGUGGUAGGAAUGGAAAGAACGAGCAGGGGAAAGAAAGUUGCUUUGCUACUCUGCCGGCGGCGAUCGGAUUUCUUUUGGCGGCUUCUGCAGAGCUAAGGGGGCGGCGUGAUCCGCGAGCUUAGCCUCUCGGUUCGGGGUUCAGGCUCUAUGUGGGUGGGCACGGCCAGGCCAGAGAGGCCUCGCUGCGGCGACCCGGUACCUCGCAGGCCCAGGCGCGGAGGCCAGCAGCCAUCGGCCGGAGACCGACUCACCUGCUCUCUGCAGAGGCGAUGGAGCGCGCGAGGCUCGCGGGGACCCAAAGGCGCGGAGGUGGAGACGCUGGACGCGGGGGAGGGGUGGCGAAAGCAGGAAAGCGGAUUACCUAAGCGAGGAUGCGGAGCCCCGAAGGAGAAUACAGCCUUUCCCGGAGAAACGGAAGAGGCGGAGGAGGGGCGAGAGAGGAGGAAGGGAGAGCCAACGCCUGGAGGUGGUCGCGGUAGGACCUGGCGCAAGCCUCCAGUGGCGGGCACAGCCGGAGGGCGAGCGGCUGGGAAAACACCGGAGGUCACCGCAGCGACGGCGGGGAGGCGCCCUGCCUCUCUUGGCUCCAGUAGUGCAGUCCAGUUUCUGCCAGUCCCCAGCUGGAAGCACUGCUUGGGAAGAUUCUGGAACUUUCUUGACAUGGGGCCUCGCUUAUGGAGGAAAAGUCAUAGCAGUAGGACUUUAUGGUAUAACACAGCUCUGCGUCUGGUAAGAACUCUAUCCCUGUCUGUCCCUCUUUCUUCCUUUCCCCCUUCUCUUUUUUGUUCUGUGGGGAUGUGAAGGACCCCUUCAGGUUCCUACCACACACUGCUACCAGGACUCUGCCAUGCCUUCAUUGAAUGAAAGUGAGCCAAAAGAGAUUCUUCUGCCUAGAGUAGUUUUUAUCGGGCAUAGGAAUAAUUCAUCACUCUUGAGAAAAAUAAAUGGUUUGAAUUUUUAAAGUUGUAGACAGUGGUUCUCAACCACUCUCUCUUAGCAACCACAGGAGGUUUCUCAGGGGUCACAUAAGAACAUCAGAAAACACAGAUAUUUACAUUACUAUUCAUAACCAACAAAUUACAAUUAUGAAAUAGCAACAAAAUAAUUUUAAGGUUGGAGGUUGUCUUAUUUAGGGUUUCCAUUGCUGUGAAGAGACACCAUGACCAAGGCAACUCUUAUAAGGGAAAAAUUUAGUUGGCGCUGGCUUACAUCUCCAUGUCCAACUCCAGUUGACUGCAACACAAUUCUUUCUCUUGAGCUAGUUCCACUCCCUUUUAGCAACUUCUCUUGGCAGAUAUACCAUGGCUCUGGCAUCUCUUAACAUCUUGGGAUAUCCAAGGCAACUUUAACUUCACAGCUUCUUGUUCCAAAGUCUGUGAUUCACAUGUGGAUCUUCUGGGCUCCUCCAAAGAGUUUGGGUCACUCCUCCAGCUCGGCCCUCUGUAGCACUCUAGGUUCUGGUUAAGUCCAUUCCACUGUUGCUACUAUUCUUGGUAGUCAUCCCAUGGUACUGGUAUCUCCAAUAUGCUAGGGUCUAUUGCUGCAACUAGACUUCACCAAUAGCCUCUCAUAGGCUCUCUUCAUGGUGCUUAGCAUCAGCUACUUUGCAUAACCCCUUCAGUCCUGGGCUGUCAACUGCAACUGAAGCUAAACUUCACCAGUGUCCUUACCUAGCCUCUCACAGUGCCAAGCCUGAGCUGUUCAAUAUGACCCCUUCAUGCCUUCAAAAGUACUACCACCUGGGUGAUUCUUACACAUUACCAACUCCAGCUAUACCACAAGGUAUAACCUUGGCUAUCUCUGGAACACAGCUUCUUUGUGCUCUCAGAAAACAGAAGAUUUCACUUUAGUGAUGCUGGUCUCUUCCUAAUCACCACUAAUUUAGGUCCAACGUCAAUUGGCUCAGUAACCACUUCUAUUCUAGACUCUAGUCCUAGGACAUGUGGCUGAAGCUGCUGAGUUCUGCUGCUUGCUGGGGUUAGAACAUUCCCCCUUCAUUCUAUUACAUCCUUCGCUGCCUAGGCUUAGAUGCCCUAGAACUUGCUCUGUAAACUGACCUUGAAAUCAGAGGUCUUCAUGUCUCUGUCUACAGAGUGCUGAGAUUAAAGGUGCUUACCACUGUGUCUGGACCUUACCCUUUCAUGACCACUAUGUCUCAAGAUCUGAAUCAAAAGCAUGUGUCUUUGAGCCUCAAGAUCUGAGUCACAGGUGUGCCCUCCAUUUUUGGAUUGUAGUUCAUUCCAGACUAAAACUCCAAAUGAAAACAUUAACCAUGUUAAAAUAACUCCUAAAGUGAGAUAACCAUCCCUUGUUCAACUGCAAACAAAUAAACAAUCUUAGCUGCGUGAGAUCUUGCCCCAAAGUCACCAUUCCCUUAAUCUGUUUAUGUCCUUGAACACAGGAUUCAGCUCCAUUCUACUUCCUGGUAUCCUUUUAAUACUUGUUUCAUGCAUUUCAUAUUUUUCCUUUUUCAGUUUGCUUGAUCAAAAUGCUCUUCAUAAGAGUAAACCACAAAAGAAGAUAUCAUAUAACAUGUAAAUAAAGAAAAUAUCUAAUUAAAAAAAGAGUGAACCACAGGGCAGAAUCUAUGCUAGGCUUUUUUGAGAUCUCCCUUUUUAAUACAACCAACGUGACUCUCUUCACCUUAGCCUCAGGCAGCCAAAAAGCAGCCACAUUCUUCACCAAAACAUCAUAAGAAUGAUCUCCAGGCAACAUACUAAAAUUCUUCUUCUCUGAAACCUCUUGAGACAGAACCCCAGAGUUCAAAUCAACCUCAGCACAAAUGUCUUCCUUCCUGCUAAGAUGGCCCAUUAAACCUCACUUAAAGCAUUCCACUGCUUUCCAAAGUCUCAAAAUCCAACUUCCUCCAAACAAAAGCAUGAGCAGGCCUAUUACAGCAA